AUGGGACACAUCUCCAUUCAAAACCGCACAAUGAUGCUUGCGAAUUGGCAUUCUAAACUGAAGCUUAGGAAGGAAGAUCAUGAUACCCUCCCGAUAUGGAUCAGACUAAAGGACAUCCCUUUAGCUCUUUGGUCACAAGCUGGUAUCGGGCGUAUUGCGAGUGCUAUAGGCGGACCAUUAUACGUAGACGCUCGGACGGAAGGCAUGAAGAGACUCUCCUUUGCUCGAGUGUGUGUAGAAAUUAAGGCAACUCAGCCUCGCGUUGACAGUGUUAAGAUACGGUGGGAUGAUGAACUGAUUCCCAUUCCAAUUGAAUAUGAAUGGAAGCCCCUUUCCCGUGCGUCUUGUGGCAUAUAUGGGCAUAAAUGCAGGAUGACCGGCUUUGCCUGUGCUGCCACUUCUGAUGCUCCCGUGAAUAAACAUCCCGAUGCGCAGACCCAAAUCAGAGAAGAGUGGCAGCGGGUUCAAAGGAGAACGCAGCGCAGAUUGCACUCUCCUCAAGGUCUUACGACCACUCCACAAGUACCACAACUUGCUGGGAUAUAUACUCAACCUCUUUGGGGGAGUCCUCGGGCACGGAUUGAACCCGAGUUUAAUACCGAUCAGCCACAGAAUGAUACAACAGAAGACCUCCCAAUCGAAAAAUCACAGACCUCUUCCCUCCACUCGUCCCAAGCUGAGAAUGGUGAGAAUGGUGAUGGGAAUGUUAGUGAUGCAACCACGAAUUUGGGGAAUGACUUAUCCUCUCCGUCUCCGCCAAAUACUAGAUCACGUGCAAUGGUGUUUGCUCUACCGAUACCAAUUAGUACUGAAGCUGCUGAAUCUCCCGCUCUUGAAGAUGGAGACAGCCCCUCUUCCUCCAAGACUACCAAGCAAAAGUCUAAAAGGAAGAAAAGUAGGAAAAAAUGGUAA